AUGUGGGGCCGCGUGGCAGGGAACCGAGCUCCUCUGGGCCUGCUGCUGGUCUGCCUUCAUGUCCCAGCACUCUUUGGCCGGAGCAUCAGCCCAGUGGAGGAGAAACUCUCUCACAGCUUGCUGACCAACUUGCCUCUGCUGGGACAGCCGCCCCUGACCGGCCCCUCCAACUCCGGACACCCUCAGUUCGCUGGAGCAGAUCCCUUGCCGCUUCCUCCGCUGUCAGAUGACUUCCUGCUGGCAGGCGGCUCCGCGGUGCAGAAGUGGCCUCUGUCCUGGGGGCUGCAGUCCUGGUCCUCGGAGGAGCCCUGGCAGAUGAUGAUGAGGGCUGCGGCUGAGGACCAGGCAGAGCAGGUGCUGCCCGAGGGACCGUCCUACCUUUCCAGCACUGGGGCCCUCCCGCUGGGCCAGGGGUCCUGGCCCACCCAGUCCUCUGCACACCCCCUGCUCCCUGCUGCUGACUCCUUCGUCCUCCACCAGGUCUUGGAGCCCGCCGGGCGGCUGCCCCUCUUGAAGUGGCUAGGAGCCCAGAGAGAAGCCCUUGCCCAACGCCCGUUCUGGUCUCUUCUGCACAGGCUUCUGGCAGGCAACCCCUGGGGCGCCCUGAGUCCUGCUGUGUCCUGGGGAGCUGGAGGCUCUGGGACCGGGUGGGGAACAAGGCCCAUGUCUCACCCUGCAGGAAUCUGGGGUCUCAACAAUCAAUUCCCAGGCACCAGCUGGGGCAAUAUUUAUCAAUACCCAGCCAGCACCUGGGGGAGUGUGAAUCGGUACCCAGGAGGCAGCUGGGGGAAUAUUAAUCGGUACCCAGGUAGCAGCUGGGGGAACAAUAGUCGGGUUAAAGCUGUGGUGGAGGCCAGGGUCAAAGCUGUGGUGGAGGCCGGGGUCAAAGCUGUGGUGGAGGCCGGGGUCAAAGCUGUGGUGGAGGCCAGGGUUAAAGCUGUGGUGGAGGCCGGGGUUAAAGCUGUGGUGGAGGCCAGGGGUAAAGCUGUGGUGGAGGCCGGGGUUAAAGCUGUGGUGGAGGCCAGGGUCAAAGCUGUGGUGGAGGCCAGGGUUAAAGCUGUGGUGGAGGCCAGGGUUAAAGCUGUGGUGGAGGCCGGGGUUAAAGCUGUGGUGGAGGCCGGGGUUAAAGCUGUGGUGGAGGCCAGGGUCAAAGCUGUGGUGGAGGCCAGGGUUAAAGCUGUGGUGGAGGCCAGGGUUAAAGCUGUGGUGGAGGCCAGGGUUAAAGCUGUGGUGGAGGCCGGGGUUAAAGCUGUGGUGGAGGCCGGGGUUAAAGCUGUGGUGGAGGCCAGGGUCAAAGCUGUGGUGGAGGACAGGGUUAAAGCUGUGGUGGAGGCCAGGGUUAAAGCUGUGGUGGAGGCCAGGGCUCCGUACGACGGGGACCAGGGUAUCGUGGGGGUAAUCAGGACCCCCAAGUGGUUUUUGAUGAAACCCAGCCACACCAACUUCCCCAGCCAGCGUGUGGAGUUCUCAUCCUUUCUUUGUCUGUUGCACAAGCCCAGCCUGUGCUGA